AUGUUUUUGGAUGGAUCACAGCCUCUGAUGUGAGUAAAGUUCUGCCGUUUUUCGCUCUUUUCCUCCCACUUCUUUUUUUUUUUUAAGUAUUUGUGUCUGUCCGCCGAAUGAGUUCGGCGCUGUUUUGGACCCAGCUGUCCGGGGUUCCGAUCAUGCACUCCACGGCGGACAGAGGAACGACCUACCGGAAGAUUUUUGUCGGGGGUUUGCCGUAUCACACCGACCACGCAUCACUUCGGAACUAUUUCCAGACUUUCGGGGACAUCGACGAGGCGGUGGUGAUUACCGACAAGCAGACAGGAAAAUCCAGAGGAUACGGCUUUGUGACCAUGAUGGACAGGGGGGCGGCAGAGCGCGCGUGCAAAGACCCUAACCCCAUCAUCGAUGGCAGGAAGGCCAACGUGAACCUGGCGUACCUCGGAGCAAAACCUCGCACCUCUCAGACAAAUCUCUCUGUCGGAGGUCAGCAAGUCAAUUCCACAUGGCCUCAGAGGCAUUAUGGGGUCGCCCAGCAGUAUGUCUACCCCCAAGCACUCCUCCAGCCCAAUCUGAUGCUACAAUCUCACUUCAGCCCUGUAGUGGCAGCACUCACCUCCCCUUAUUUUGACUACAGCUCCACCUACAGUCAUUACGCCCACCCAGGUGUGGACCAGCACCCUUACGCCCCGUCCUCCUCACCUUCUGCUGGCUACCUCAGCUACACCUUCCCCUCCAGCAACCCAGGCUCUGCUGUAGCCACCUCCCCGACCCCACCAGCCACCAUUCCUCCUUCCUUGGCUGCGCUCGCCACUGCCGCUCCGCCAGCGUUCCUCCACUACCCGCUACACCAGAUACCGUGAGUGACACACAGCAGCAAGUUGGAGCUGCUGCAUGAUGCCCAGAAUGAGACUGCAGAACGACGGAGAGAGUGCAGUUUAAAGUAAAGGGCUUUUAGGAAGCACUCUCAGUCCUGUUUUAAGGUUAUCCUCAUAGUUAAUGAACAUGUCCUAUAAACAUUGUCAUCAGCAAACAAUAUGAAUGUUUCCUGCAGGAGCCAAAACACAGUUUGUGUUUUGUCCUUCGUGUAGAGGUUGGUAUGCUGAAAAAGUUCCAGAAGACCAUGAGAUAUGUCUGUUCUGACAUGCAGCUAAAAUACUCAUUAAUGCUGGAUAAAAACCAACCGGAGCACCAACAGAACUUCAAGAAAUGCAGGUCCAGUCACCUCCUCAUCAAGGUGAACUCUGGUUCUGUCAUUUAUGUCAUAUUUUUGGACUCUCACCUCAACUGAACAAAAUGUUUCUGAAGCUCCCUUCUGUUUCUGUUAUCUAUAAUUAACUGCACAGUGACAACAGUGUUGUGUUGUGUAUUUGUUUCUCAGAUAGAAAUUCCUCAGAUUUCAUAAAAUAGUCAUCACAUGGAAUUAGAUUUGAUGAUUGUUUGGUUGACCAGUUUGUCAAACAGCAGUAGAUUAAUCCAGACUGAUAUUGAUCAUUAAUAGAUAAAAUAAUUUGUCAAGCAAAA